AUGCAGAUUUACUUGAAAUCAGGUUUCUGGGCCUGUGGAUCUCACUCUCUCUUGUGGCCAUCUCAAUACCCUGAGGAAGAGAAGAACGAUGCAGAGAUGCCACUGUUAUCCACCGCCUUGCUCCUGAUCCUCAGCCUGCACAGCAGCCUCCCAUGCCCCCAGAGCUGUGACUGCCCACCAGGGAGUGGCGUGGUAUGGUGCAAUCGGAGAGACCUGGUGAGGAUCCCGUUUGACAUCCCUCCUGACACCCGGGUACUUUACCUGGACUCGAACUGGAUCACUCAUGUGCCCAACGGGGCUUUUCAUGGCCUGAAACAGCUCCGGGAGCUUCACCUGGCAGAUAAUCUCAUUGAGAACAUUGCUCCGGGGGCCUUCCGUGGCUUGGGUGGGGGGCUGAGGCUGCUGGACCUUUCAGGCAACCAGCUGCAGAGGAUGGAGGUUGCUCCAUUUGUCAUGAUGACCUGGGUUCGACUGGAGCUCUAUGACAACCCCUGGCACUGCGAUUGCACCCUGCAGGAGCUGAUGGAGGCUCUUCCCUUGGACGCAGAGACUGUGGAGGAUAUUAUAUGCGUCACUGCCAUGUGGGAGGAAUAUGCGGGCAAGACUUUGGCCCAUCUGCUCCACUCCGGUGUCAAUUUCUGCCUCAACCAGCAGAGGAACACUGACCUGGCCAUGCUGCUGACCAUGUUUUGCUGGUUCACCGUAGUCAUCACGUACGUCAUCUAUUACGUCCGGCGCAACCAAGCCGAAUCCCGGCGCCACUUGGAGUAUCUCAAAUCCUUGCCCCUGCCCAGCAAGCAGCCCAGCCCUGACGAGGAGGUAGAAGAAGACGACACACUCAGCACCAUCCUCUGA